GUUGGUGCCUGCCUUUUAUCCCUUCUAUCUGUAGGCACAUAAUAUUACAUAAGAUAGAUAGGAUUAUGCCAAUAGGUUAGAUACCUACCCAUGUAGGAUACUUCGCUGUGUAGGACUAGGACUUUUCUUGGUAUAAUUAGAAUUAGAACUGGACCAAGAAGUAGCUCUGCAUGCCGCAUACCCCUCAGGAGGUCUGCGAGGGAAGGUUAUUCCCCCUGGCCCUGGCGUUAAAUAUACCAUGCUAUGCUAUACCAUUUCGGUCUCGUAGGUUUAAGUCGGCGAGGCUCCGAGAGGUGGGAUACGUAGUACCUACUUGAAAACAAACUGAAUUGAAAAUAAAGGAUAUAUCCUGCUCUUCUCUCUCUUUCCUCGUCGAUUCACUUCACUCUCACUCGUCCCAUCUCGCUCAUAUUUCGUUGGUUGUUUUUUUUUCAUACAAUGACGCUCACUAGCCCCCCCGCUCAUGUCGCCAUUAUUGGCGGAGGACUUGCCGGCCUCACGCUUGCUCUUGCACUACACGAUCUGAAUAUUCCUUCCACCAUCUAUGAGGCCCGCUCCGAGGACUUCGACCAAGGUGGUGGUGUGAUGCUCUCCCCCAACGCCUUGCGUGUCCUCGACAGCGUCGGCGUCUACAAACGCGUCCGUGAUAACUCGUUGCAAUUUGACGUGCUCACCUUCAAGGAUGGCCAGAACCAGACCACCGAUGAGUAUUACUUUGGCUCGGCAAAGCUAUAUGGUUAUCAGGCUAUCCGCAUCAUGCGCAAGGAACUCUUGGACGAGAUGAAGGCAAUGCUGCGAGAGCGUAACAUCCCUAUCCACUACGACCAUAAGCUAUCCGCCAUUACUUCCGAUGGUCCAGAUAAGGUAGAUUUCACUUUCGCAAACGGCCAGACCGCAUCUGCCCCUCUCCUCAUCGGGGCGGAUGGCAUCCACUCAACCGUACGCGGAACCUUCUUACCCGAAGUGAAGCCAAUCUACGCAGGUUUCAUGGGCAUCAAUAGCGUCGUGCAAAGAUCUCAGCUCCGUAUUCCCGACGGUUAUAAGCUACCCGCGACUGUUAUGGCGAAGCCGGGCGCAUUUCUGCUUGUGCCACAGAAGCCUGACGGAUCCGAACUCUUCGUCGGGUCCCAGCGUCGAUUUCCGGCGCUGGACUCGGCCGGUUGGGAAGCAUUGAGGAAGGAUAAACAAAAAUUGUACGAUAUGCUCCAGGAGAACAAGUCUGACUGGCCGGAUGUGGUACAGUCAGCCCUGGAAGCUGUGCCGGUGGACCGCAUGGGUUUUUGGGCAUUCCAUGGCAUUCCCCCCUUGGCAUCAUGGCUAUCCGAAUCCAAGAGAAUCAUCCUAGUUGGGGAUGCGGCGCACGCAAUUCCUCCAACAGCCGGUCAGGGCGCCAACCAGGCCUUUGAAGAUGUGAGAGCCCUAGCCACUCUCCUCUCUAAGCUCUCGCCGAAAGUACCGCUGGACAAGGCGGCCGCGCAGUGGCAGGCGUACCGCCAGGAGCGCAUCAAGAAAGUCCUCGAUCUAACCCAACAAAUGAAUGUCAAGCGACUGCCGGAGUCAGAACGAGCCAGGUUGCCUCCAGGAGCAACCUGGAGUGAUCAAUCGCUCACACGUGGAGAGGGUGGUGAGUUAGGUUGGUUAUACGAUCCAGACUUGGCGCAGGAAGCUGAAAAGUGGGUGAAAGAGCUAGAACAGACCGCUGGCUCAUGAGACUCGAAGGAAAGAAUAUGUAAAGUCUAAGGAUUAGGUGGGUAGGUACAUAUCUAGUGGAUCGGUAUUAUCUGACCAAUCAUAAAAGACCCAUAAAGCCAGUUCCGCGGUUUCCGUUACUGCACGUGUUAGGGAUCAACGAUGACACUCUGUACCACUACCACAUAGGGCUGCUAGUGCUAUUCUGC